GUCACGUCAGCCGGUUUGACGUUAGAAGUAUCAUGAAAUCUGCCUGCGUAUUGUUAAAUUGUUUCAGCUGUGUUUAACUCUUAAUUAAUUGAAAUUACACAAAAAGCGUUUUCAAAAUGUUAACUAAAUUCGAAACGAAGUCAGCGCGGGUGAAAGGGAUAUCGUUUCACGCGAAACGACCAUGGGUUUUGGCUAGUUUACACAACGGUGUGAUUCAACUUUGGGAUUAUCGUAUGUGUACUUUAUUGGAGAAGUUUGAUGAACACGAUGGCCCUGUUCGUGGUAUCUGCUUCCACAUUCAACAGCCCUUGUUUGUAUCUGGUGGUGACGAUUAUAAAAUCAAGGUUUGGAAUUACAAGCAACGUAGAUGCCUCUUCACCCUUUUGGGACAUUUGGAUUAUAUACGCACAACAUUCUUCCAUCAUGAGUAUCCCUGGAUACUUAGCGCAUCAGACGAUCAGACAAUAAGAAUAUGGAAUUGGCAAUCACGCCAGUGCAUCAGUGUCCUCACCGGCCACAACCACUAUGUAAUGUGCGCUCAAUUCCACCCCACUGAAGACCUGCUGGUCUCCGCAUCUCUCGACCAGUCGGUGCGCGUGUGGGACUUCUCUGGCUUGAGGAAGAAGAGCGUGGCGCCCGGACCGAGCGGUCUGGCUGAGCAUUUGAGGAAUCCGCAAGCUACGGAUUUAUUCGGUCAGGCUGAUGCAGUUGUUAAGCACGUACUGGAAGGUCAUGACCGUGGCGUGAACUGGGCGUCGUUCCAUCCCACUCUGCCGCUCAUUGUGUCGGCCGCUGAUGAUCGGCAAGUGAAGUUAUGGAGGAUGAAUGAUGCUAAGGCAUGGGAAGUAGACACGUGUCGGGGGCAUUACAACAACGUGUCGUGUGCACUGUUCCACGCCCGGCACGAGCUGAUCCUGUCCAACAGCGAGGACAAGUCAAUCAGAGUGUGGGAUAUGACCAAACGGACUUGCCUGCAUACAUUUAGGAGGGAGCAUGAACGAUACUGGGUACUUUCAUCUCACCCCACACUCAACUUAUUCGCUGCGGGGCACGACGCAGGAAUGAUUCUGUUCAAACUGCAAAGGGAAAGACCGGCAUACGCUGUUCAUAAUAAUAUGCUGUUUUACAUUAAAGAUAGACAGUUACGUAAACUGGACAUGCAAGCAAACAAAGAUGCGCCUGUUAUGCAAAUUAAGGGAGGCGGUAGACAUCAACCAUACAGCAUGUCACUGAACCACGCGGAGUUCUGCGUGCUGGUGACGUGGCGCAUCGGCGACAACUGCACGUACGAGCUGUACGCGGCGCCGCGCGACGGCGGCGACGCGGGGGCGGAGCCCGCGCGCGGCCAGGCCGCCGCCGCCGUCUGGGUCGCGCGCAACCGCUUCGCCGCGCUCGACAGGAACAACCAGCUAGUAAUAAAGAACCUGAAGAACGAGGUGUCGAAGAAGAUAGCCACGCCCAACUGCGACGAGAUAUUGUACGCCGGCACGGGCAUGCUGCUGCUCCGCGAGCCGGACUGCGUGCAGCUACUCGACGUGCAACAGAAACGCACCAUCGCCAGCGUGAAAGUACCGAAAUGCCGCUACGCAAUAUGGAACGCGGAUAUGUCGCUGGUGGCUCUGCUGGGGAAGCACACUGUGACCAUUUGCACCAAGAAGUUGGAACAAUUGUGUUCCAUUACGGAAGGUGCGAGGGUCAAAUCGGGGGCCUUCGAUGAUUCCACACCGCAGCCAGUAUUCAUCUAUACGACGGCUAAUCAUAUUAAAUAUUGCUGCAAGGAUGGCGACUACGGCAUCAUCCGUACGCUGGACGUGCCGGUGUACGUGGUGCGCGUGCUGGCGGGCGAGGGCGCCGCGCGCGCCGUCUGCCUCGACCGCGACGCGCGCCCCAAGGUGCUCGCCAUCGACCCCACCGAGUACAGGUUCAAAUUGGCGUUAGUGACGCGCCAGUACGAUCAAGUGUUGCACAUGGUGCGCACGGCCAAGCUCGUCGGACAGAGUAUUAUUGCGUAUUUACAAGAGAAAGGUUACCCGGAAGUAGCUCUGCACUUCGUGAAAGACGCGCGAACUCGCCUCUCGCUCGCGCUGCAGUGCGGCAACAUCGAGGUGGCGCUGGAAGCGGCUAAGAGCAUCGACGAGCCGGACAGUUGGGACAAGUUGGCACAGGCCGCCUUGGCCACGGGAAACCAUCAGAUAGUAGAAAUGUGCUACCAACGAACAAAGAACUUCGACAAGCUUUCGUUCCUGUACCUGAUAACGGGCAAUCUGGAGAAGUUGCGUAAAAUGAUGAAAAUCGCUGAGAUACGGAAAGACGUGUCUGCGCAGUUCCAAGGCGCUCUGCUGCUUGGCGAUGUUACUGAGAGGAUACGGCUACUGAAGAAUUCUGGACAGCUCUCUUUAGCAUACCUAACAGCGAUCAACCACAAGCAGCUAGACGAAGCGGAACAGCUGAAGGCAGCGCUAGAAGCAGCUGGUUUGCCCGUCCCGGAGUCGAACCCGAGCGCGGUGUUCCUGCGGCCCCCCCUCCCGGUGCAGCGGGCGCAGAGUAAUUGGCCGCUAUUGGCUGUUUCUAAGAGUUUCUUCGAGGAAGAGAUAGAAGGAGAGCCAGGAGAAGUUGAAGACGCAUGUGAUGAUGGCGGCUGGGACGUGGGUGAUGAAGACCUCGACCUGCCUGAAGAACUAGCUCCAAUACCUGCUGAUAUAGAUGGAGGAGAGGACAGUUCUCAGUACUUUGUGGCGCCCACUCGCGGCGUUAGCGCGGCUCUGGGCGGGAAGUACAAAACUGCACACGAUUAUGUCACUACUGGACAGUUUGAGAUCGCUUUCAGGUUGCUAAACGAGCAAGUGGGCAUCGUGAACUUCGAGCCGUACACGGAGACGAUGGCGCAGAUGUUCGCGCACGCGCGCCUGCAGUUCGGCGCGCUGGCGACGCUGCCGCCGCUCGUGGCGCACCUGCACAGGAACUGGAAGGAGGCCAGCGGGAAGGAUCUGCUGCCUGUUAUUACUGCGAAGUUGAACGAUCUGGUAGCACAACUGCAGCAGUGCUACCAGCUGACGACGGGCGGCAAGUUUGCGGAGGCGAUAGAGCGGCUCCAGCGCGUGGUGCUGCUGGUGCCGCUGCUGCUGGUCGACUCCAAGCAGGAGCUGGCCGAGGCGCAGCAGCUGCUCGCGAUAUGCAGGGAGUAUCUGCUCGGCCUGCAGAUGGAGACUGCGAGGAAAGGCAUGCCCAAAAACACGUUAGAGGAACAGAAGCGCACGUGCGAAAUGGCGGCAUACUUCACGCACUGCAAACUGCAGCCCGUCCACCAAAUAUUAACCCUUCGGACCGCCCUCAACAUGUUCUUCAAGUUGAAAAACUUCAGAACGGCUGCGUCGUUCGCGAGGCGACUCCUAGAGUUGGGGCCUAGACCGGAAGUCGCACAGCAGGCUAGGAAAAUACUGCAAGCCUGCGAGAAGACACCGACAGACGAACACCAGCUGCUGUACGACGAACACAACCCGUUCAAUAUCUGCGGAAUUAGUUACAAACCCAUCUACAGAGGCAAGCCCGAGGAGAAGUGUCCGCUGUGCGGGGCCAGCUACGCGCCAGAGCACAAGGGGAAGCUGUGCCAGGUCUGCGGCGUCGCCGAGAUUGGGAAAGAUGCCUUAGGACUUAGGAUUUGUGCGUUGCAGUUUCAGAGAUAGGUGCCAGCUGGAUUGUAUUGACUAUGGAUGAUAUAUUAUGUGUAAGAUUUAUGUUAAAUAUAUUAAUUAUAUUAUAGUAUCAUUUUGA